UUUUCAAUGAUAAAUUAAAAAAAAUACAUAAUUAACAUAAAACAAAAUAAAUAAAUGAGGAACAAACAACGUUGUUUCGGGUGGGUGAAUUUGAAUUGACUCACUCAAAAUUCCAAGGUUGUAAGCUGAAAGAAACCAGAACAAGAAGAACAAUUAAGAAUCUGUUUAUAGUGUAAUGUAACUGAAAAACCCAAACCAUGGACUCGACUGGAUAAUUAACGUGUGUGUCACAGAUAGAUCUUAUUUUCGAUUUGGGUUUUUCGUUUUCUGUUCUUUCGGUGGGUUUGCUUUUGUUAUCACAAGACGACAAGAUGAGCUGGAGUAGGGUGUUGAAAUCGGCGCAGGCUCUCGCCGCUCACACUUUUCUCAUCUGUUUUACUCUUUUGCUGUUUCUCAAGCUUGAUCAUCUCAUCUCUUCCUCUUGGUGGAUGAUAUUUUCACCUCUUUGGAUGUUCCAUGGCGUUGUGGCUCGAGGAAGGUUUUCAUUACCUGCACCCUCAGCUCCGCGUAAUCGACAUUGGGCACCGUGUCAUGCCGUUGUCGCAACGCCAUUGCUUAUUGCGUUUGAGUUGCUCCUUUGUAUAUAUCUUGAGAGCUUAUACGUUCGUGGCUUUGCAGCAGUCGACCUGAAGAUUGUGUUCCUUCCUUUACUAACAUUUGAAAUCAUAAUUCUCAUUGACAAUUUCAGAAUGUGUAGAGCUCUAAUGCCAGGGGAUGAAGAAAGCAUGAGUGAUGAAGCAAUAUGGGAAACUCUUCCUCACUUUUGGGUUGCCAUCUCUAUGGUUUUCUUCGUUACUGCUACAGUCUUCACACUCCUAAAACUGAAUGGUAGUGUAGCUUCUCUCGGUUGGUGGGACUUGUUUAUUAACUUCAGUAUUGCCGAGUGCUUUGCGUUUCUUGUAUGUACUAAGUGGUCGAAUCCUGUCAUUCAUAGAAGUUCCAGAGAACCGAGUUCUUCUACUACAGUUAGAUAUCUUGACUGGAACAGUGGUUUAAUGGUUUCUUCAGAAGGAGAUCAACGGGAGGCGAGAAUAUGUAGCCUGCAAGACAUAGGGGGUCAUUUCAUGAAAGUGCCGAUUAUUGUAUUUCAGGUUCUUCUUUGCAUGCAUUUAGAGGGAACGACUGCUUUUGCUGCACAUUUAUCUCUUGCAGUUCUUUUUUCUCCCAUUUUCAUAUUGCAAGGUGUUGGCGUGCUGUUAUCGGCAUCUAAAUUUGUGGAGAAACUUGUGCUUCUUCUACGUAGCGGAGCGGGUAGAGGACUUUAUUUUAGAUUCUCUUCAAGAGCUCACGAUUGCUUGGGGUUCUUACACCAUGGUUCUAGAUUAUUAGGCUGGUGGUCAAUUGAUGAAGGAAGUCGGGAAGAACAGGCCCGAUUGUACCACGAGGGAGCAUCUGGGUAUAAUACAUUCAAUGGUUACCCUCCUGAGAUUGUUAAGAAAAUGCCUAAGAGGGAUCUCGCCGAAGAGGUGUGGAGACUCCAGGCUGCUCUUGGCGAGCAGACGGAAAUUACAAAAUACAGCCAACAGGAAUAUGAAAGACUUAAAAAUGAGAAAGUGCUGUGCCGAAUUUGUUUCGAAGGAGAGAUUACUGUUGUAUUGCUCCCAUGUAGGCACCGUGUCCUUUGCAACUCAUGCUCAGAGAAGUGUAAGACGUGCCCGAUGUGCCGCAACUAUAUCGCAGAGCGCUUGCCAGUAUAUGAUGUCUAGGUGUUAACUUGACCAACUUUUGUAUACAAGACCAUAGAAGAAAGUGACUAAAGGAAAGUGAAAAAAUGUUAAUACUUGGUAUAUUUUUUGUUGUCACAUUAAUUCAGUGCCAACUUUUUUACUAAUUUGUAUAUAUAUAAAAUAGAUAUUUUGAGGCUUUAUAAAUGAUUGCAAUCAAUUUCAAUGUAUGUAAUGAAUUGUAGUCAACCCAACUUUUUUUCCGGGUCAAUCAAGUGUAAGAACUUGGCUUCAAUUUCAAAUGAUACAAUAUUGUUUAGGAGAAUAGGAUUGCCAUUUGAAAAUGAUUUUAACUUUUAUUCA